UGGAGCUUCAAACUCCAAAAGAAUUUUGUAAUGGAGAAUCUGGAGGAGGAAUUAUGGAUUCAAAAGAGGAUUAUUUUCAAAACAAUGUUCAAGUUACCCUCGCUGGCUUGCCAUCAGGAUGUGUUGGUUUCUCAAACUCAAUGUUAUCAUGUGCUUCUGGUCGUGUAAACACUCAGUCAUGGCCUCAUGAACUUGAUUAUUUUUCUGUGGUUCCAAAAUUGAAAUCAAAUUUUGAAGCAUUCCCUUCCAAUAGGAAGAUCGUUGUUUUGAAACCAAACCCUGGGAAGGCAGAGAAUGCUGCAAAGUUUUCUCCUUUGUCUACCUCUUUUCAUGAUUUUCAUUUUGGUGAUAGGAAAGGUAAAGCGUUGCAUUGUCAUGAUAAAGGAAAGAACUUGGCCAAUGACAUGAAAACUGUGCGGAAAUGGUCUAGUAGUUCAGGAUUUAGAGGUGUUGACAAUCAUGCAAAACGGUCGGAGAUGAUGAUGUUUUCUUCCAAAAAAUUCUCUGAUGUGAAGAACUGCUACAGGUCCUCAAUUUACUACCCAGGCAGGUCAUAUAUGGCUGAGAAGGCAAAGAAGCAAAUCUCAGAAAGAUGGAGGGUGACUAAAGAGUUUCAAGAUGGACUGGACAGUGGGAAUAGGGGCAGAAGCAGAACCUUUGGUGAGAUGCUUGCAAUGUCAGACUGUGAAUCUAACCCAGAACACUCAUAUGAUAAGCUGGGUGAGCAGAGAUUGGGCAACAGAAUCAACCCCAAUGAUAAAUAUAGGUACUUGCAUAGGCAUGACAAUCUGUGCUUGACCACUACACCAAGGUUUGCCAUUAACUGGGGGAGUCAGAAUAUAAGAAAGCAAAAUUUUAGUGCUAAAAAUUGCUUGAAAACUAGAAACUCAGGAUCCAGCUGCAUGGAGUCUCAAGGGGUUCCUUAUUUGGAACCAGAAAAUAAGCACUUGAUUGAUGGAAACUAUGUCAUCCAGAACAAGGUGAAGAACAGCAUUGAGAAGACCGAUCUAUCUGGACAAAAUUCAGUGGUCUCUGAGUUAUCAAGGCAUGAUGUUCUUUUCUCUUCUAAUCAUGCCACACAAGAAGCUUGGCUAAUGCAUAAGGAUCAAAAGAACAAAAUCAAGGAUGGAAAUCUGUCCGAGCAGAAUUCUGUGGUAUCUAAGUCAUUCAUAAGUAAUUGUGCCUCUGGGCAUAUGGUUUCUGAUAAGGUGGCUGAUGAAAACAUGGUUGCGGAUAAGUCUUCCAGAAAUCAUAACGAGCACAAUUCUUAUGUCCUGGAAACUUCAAGUCAACAGGGGAGUGAAUUGAUUGAGGUUUCUGAAGAGGGUUCUGUUUCUUCACAUUACUCAAUUGCAGAUCAUAAUUCUCUUGUGAACUCAGAGGCACAGCUCAGUCCAGUUUCAGUUUUGGAGACAUUUGAGGAUGAGAUAUCAUCUUGUUCAGAUUUCUCUAAGAGCAUUGAUGCUGGGUUACGUGGUUUGAGGCUGCAACUUGAAAUCCUGAAAUCAAAAUCUUUGGAAGAAGACUCAGAAGGACCUGGCAUGAUUGUGUCAAACGAUGAUGAUUCAGAAGAAUCAUUAGGGGGCUCCAAGGAAAAUGAAGAUCCACUGGUAUUAUUCAGAGUUGAAGAGAGCAGGGAUUUCUCCUAUAUUGUUGAUGUCUUGACUGAGGCAGGUUUCUGCAAUAGUAACCAUAUUGGUUUUGAAGUAUGGCAUUCUCCAGAAUACCCAAUAAGCCCUACGGUCUUUGACACAGUAGAGAAGAAGUAUGCUGAGCAGGCAUCUUGGAAGAGAUCAGAAAGAAAGCUCUUGUUUGACCGUAUAAACUUGGGCUUGGUGGAUAUUCUCCAGACAUGCCGGGGUAUACCUAUGAAGGCAAAACCACUGGUUUGCUUUAGGCAGAGAUGGGAAGUGAUUGAGGAAGAGCUGUGGACAUUGCUGGUUAACCAGGAAAAGGAAGCAAGUAAGGAAUCUCAGAAACUGCUGGGAAAUGAUGAUGGUUGGUUAGUAUUGGGCAACGAUAUCGUAGUAAUUACUAGGGAAAUAGAGAAUUCUUUGAUUGAUGAACUAGCAGCAGAGGUUGUUGGCGAGGAGAGUUUCGAAUGAUUGUCUUGUUUCUUCCUCUUUUCCACUUUUCCCCAUGUCACUGAUUUUGGCAUUCAAGAGGGUGACAGAUAAGUGUAGAUAGAAAAAGUUUUGGGAAAGUCAGAUUUGUACCAGUGAGGUGUGGGUCAUAUCAUAUUGUUGU